AUGUCCAUUGAAGCGAUUGGCGCAACGGCGCCGACGGCGGCUCUCGAUGCAAAGCUGUCCUCCUCCUCAGACAGCGGCAGCUCCAGUAAGGACCUCGGCUUGAACUCGCCCCCCGAUAGCAAUGGUGCCGAUGCCAUGGAUGUGGACAAUAGCGAUUCGGAGCUGAGCGACCUUGAUGAUAUUGCCAGCAAGCUGGACGGCGUUAUUGGCGACCUCGAUAUUGAGCAGAAAUGCCAGGAAGUUGAGUCGGCAGAGAAGAUGGAGGUGGAAAAGGCUGUGUUGAUCGAGGCAAAAGACGAUGCGACUAAGGAAGAUGCGAACAAGGAAGCUCAGAAGGAAAUUGAAGAGGAAGAGGAAGACAUUGGCGAGAUCGAGCCGGAUCAUUGGACAGGUGGUGUGCCCGUUUUCAAGCCGUCUUAUCGCCAGUUCAAAGACUUUAAGCGCUUCAUGGAGGCUGUCGACAAGUACGGCAUGCAGUCUGGUAUCAUCAAGAUCGUCGCUCCCGAGGAGUGGAAGAACUCAUUGCCCCCGAUCGACGACCUCAUUAAGCGCAUCCGCGUUCGCGAUCCGAUCAAGCAGGAGAUUAUGGGCCACAAUGGCACCUACCGCCAAAUCAAUAUCCUCCAUCAGCGCACAUAUACCCUGAAGCAGUGGAAACAGCUGUGCGAUCAGAGCGAGCACCAACCGCCGGCUCGGCGAGGUGAGAGACGAGCGAAUGCAGACCAGAAGCCGCCGAGGACCCGCGCUGCAGUCGCAGCUGCGGCUGCGACUGCGGCUGGUCCCUCGAGGCCUGUAACCCGCAGUACUGCUGCCGCUACUCCGACAAAGAAGGGAAGGGGAUGCAGGGUGACUCGGCAAUCGGCGAAGCUUGCCAAGCAUGAUGACGAGGAGCUGGAAGAGCGGCCGAUGACGCCCGUCUCGCCCGAGGCGGAGAAGGAGGAAGUUCUGGAUUCCAUUGGGCAGGAAGCCGAGGAGGCUAAGGAAGGGGGGGCCAUUGCGAGGAGGAAGAGGACGGCCCGCGGUCGGCGUGAAGGCUCAGUUGUGAUCGAUGAGGAGCACUUCAAGGACUUUGACUACAACAUGGACAUCUCGGACUUCACGCCCGAGCGUUGCGAAGAGUUGGAGAAGAUCUAUUGGAAGACCUUGACCUAUGCUCCGCCUAUGUACGGAGCUGAUCUUCCAGGCACGCUCUUCGACGAGAGUGUCGAGAUCUGGAACCUGAACAAGCUCCCUAACCUGCUGGAUGUCCUGGGAACCAAGGUGCCCGGCGUGAACACUGCUUAUCUAUACCUCGGUAUGUGGAAGGCUACCUUCGCCUGGCAUCUGGAGGACGUCGAUCUCUACAGCAUCAACUACCUGCACUUUGGCGCCCCGAAGCAGUGGUACAGCAUCCCGCAAAAGGAUGCCCGCCGCUUUGAGGCUGCCAUGAAGAGCAUCUGGCCGCAGGAGGCGAAGGCCUGCGAUCAGUUCCUGCGUCACAAGGGCUUCUUGAUCUCGCCUUCGCACCUCAAGCAGCACUACAACAUUACCGUGAACAAGUGCCUCUCGUAUCCGGGAGAAUUCGUCGUUACCUACCCGUACGGGUACCAUUCGGGCUUCAAUUUGGGCUACAAUUGCGCCGAGGCAGUCAACUUUGCCCUGGACACUUGGCUGCCUAUGGGCAAGAUCGCCAAGAAGUGCGAGUGCGCGCAGGCGCAGGACAGUGUCUGGGUUGAUGCUUGGGAGAUUGAGCGCAAGCUGCGGGGUGAGGAGUCCGAGUAUGAGGAGACGGAGGAUGAGGAGGAUGAGGUAGAUGAGGUGGGAGAUGAAGACGAGGAGGUCGAGACUGGCCUGCCUAGUCCUCCGUCCGACCAUACCGCUAAGGUCAAGCUUCCACGUCGCAAGCGCAAGAGGGCUGAAGGGGAGGAGGCAGAGCCGAGGGUUAAGAAGAAGAUCCGCGUGCGUCAGAAGCCGCAUGCUGAGCAGCCUUGCUGUCUCUGCCCUAAUGAUAUCCCCGGGGCUGAGAUCCUUGAUACCGAUGAUGGGAGAAAGGCCCAUCGAAUGUGCGGGCUGUACAUUCCCGAGACCUAUGUCGAGACGGUCGGCGGCAAGGAAAUCAUCGCCAACGUCGCCAACAUCGACAAGGCGCGCCUGGAGCUUAAGUGCCUAUACUGCCGCUCCAAGAAGGGCGCUUGCUUCCAGUGUUCGCACAAGAAGUGUCCCCGAGCCUACCAUGCGACAUGUGCCGCGGCUGCCGGUGUGUUUGUCGAGGAGGGCGAGGUGCCCGUGUUUGGCGAGGAUGGUACCGAGUACAAGGAGCAGGCCUUUGAGUUCAGCUGCCGCUUCCACCGGACCAAGCGCGACAGGAAGUUCGAGGGCGACGCGCUCGAGAAUGAUCCUGAGAUCCGCAAGGCCGCGAAGGCGCUCAAGAAGAAUGAUAUUUGUCAGCUGCAGUUCUAUCGGGGAGACAUCUUUGCGGGUGUCGUUGUCGAAAAUCAUCUUGACGAGGAAACCUUGCUUAUUGAUGUCAUUCCCAAUGGCGACCGCGUCGAGGUCGAGUGGAAGUGGCUGUUGCUUCCCGAUCCGGCCGACUUCCGUCUACCCAAGGCCUCGCCCAACGCUAUCCCCCUGCCGACCUGCCGCAAAGCCCAGAAGGCCAUCAACGCCAAGCGGACUGACGACGAGGUGCCCCGCAAGGACGAGGAGUUUGGACCCGGCUACGUCUGGGCCGAGUUCAGCACCUGCGAGCCCUUCCGUAACCGCGCCCAGACCAAGGUCGACCUGUCCAAGGAGAACCAGAUCUGGUACUACCUCGGCGAGACAUCGACCGAUGCGAAGGCGCAGUACACGGAGAACCCGGCCAUCAAGCGGCAUAAUCCGAAGAGCAACUUUUUGGAGUCCCUGCCCAAGCCGGUUGUGGCGCCGACCCCGAUACUGGGGGCUCCUCCUCCUCCUCCUCCUCCUCCUCCUCCUCCUCCUCCGCAGCAGCAGCAGCAGCAGCAGCAGCAGACGGGUGAUGUGUUGGCUCUUAAGCAGGAGAAGCCUUAUCUCUAUAAGCCCAAGAUCCCCGUGGCGCCGGCUGCUGGGACGCAGGCUGGAUACGCAACACAGACGUUUACUUCUGUCCCUGCGUCUGGUCCUUUCCCUCCUCAGCCGUCGCCCGCCCAGGCUAACAAGCCUUCUACCAUGUCAAUGUAUCAUCACCAUGGCUCGCCGCAGGGUGGACAGAAGGAGCAGCCUCAGCAGCAGCAGUGUCCCCCGAACAUGCAGUACCAGCAGCCACCUCAGCAGCCCAAGAACUCAUCAUCACUGUUCUCAUCUACGGAUCGUUUCGCGCCCGUCGGAGGUAGUAAUGGAUUCCCGACUCUUCCUGGUCUAACCUGGCCCCCCGCUCACAUGAAAUCAGGACAUCACCACCAUCCUCAGCAGCAGCAUUACGGUCUGCAGCAGCCCCAGUCCAGAGUGGGCGUGGCCCAAACGACUGCGAACAUGCCGCCUCUUGUGCCUAUGACUUCCUCGCAUCUUCAACCGCAGUACGGUGCCCAACAGCAAGUACCUGGAGGAGCUCAACAACAGCAGCCUCAGCCGGCCAUGUGUGCGUAUCAGAAGUAUAGUUUUUUCCAGCUUAAUCAUAACAGGGAUCCCUCUAGAUACCGCACACCCUACGGCCAAUGGGGCGGGUUUGUAAACGGGUAUGAAGGGAACUUGCGCGAGUUUUUGCUCAGGGCGCAGAAGGCCCUUAAUGGAGGCUCAUCAAGCAAGGGCCCGAAGCCACUCGUGUCGGCGCAGACGACGGGGUAUCCACAGACCUUGCCUCGUCCACAGCAACCGCAGCAGUCUGUUCUGGCUCCAGCUCCAGCUCCAGCUUCAGCCCAGCAGGCUGGAGGGCAACCUCUGCAUCCAGCGAUCCGUAUGCCGUAUGGUGUUGCCCCGGCUCAAGCACAGAGUCAAGCACAGGUGCCGAUUGCCCCGUCCCCGACCCCCAUGCAAGCGCCGGCACCAGCUCCGGCUUCGGUUCCAGCAAAAGAAAAGAUCAAGCAGCCCUUUCACAAGCAGAGCACCAGCCCCAUCCCUCUGCCGCCCUAUGUAAGGGAAAUGCAGAUGGCUGCGAAGGCUGCACAGCAAGGGAAGGCCGGCGCUCAAGCUACAACUCAACAACCUUCGACAUCAGUCCCGGCUUCGAAUCAGGCACAAAUCCAGCCAGCUUCUGCGGCGGCUACAACCUCGACUCCGCAACCCGCACUCCCGCAAUCACCGGUGCAGACGCCAACCUCGACAACGGCUAGUCCGACACAGGAGAAGGCCCAACCUAAUCAGGCUUCUUCGUCUGCUGCCGCUGCAACGCAGAAUACGCCUCCUCAGACUCACCCUCAAGCGUACCCCAGUCCGCCGGAGAGCAAGGAGCCGGGACAACAGGGACAAAGGGAUACAGAUGUUGACAAGUCUCGGUCUGUAUCCACAAUGGAGCUAACAGCAGCGUCCGGAAUCGAGGUUGAGCAGAAACAAGAGGGCCAGGUUCAGGGGCGGCAACUUGCACAAGAGGAUAGCCAGGCCCUGGUACAGAAGAUGAUGAUUAAUUUGCGGAGGGCGAGUCUGAGUCUCGUCGAGGAAGCUGAUGGUCAGGUUUCUGCUAUCGGCUCUGGUGCUGAGGAUGCGGCGUCGAGUUAG